CCGGAAGGAUACUCGAGCCCGGCUUCGCAGGUAGUGCAGUCGUUUGGGCCUGUCGGGGACGAGGAGCUCGGUGACGGUCGAAGUGCUUUUGUAGCGCUCGAGCAAAUGUACCGUGUCGAUGGGACUUUCAGAAUGCAGCAGCUACACGAUGAGUUGGCCGCCGUCGCGGUCACCGCUGCUGACAAGUACGAUCCGGCUCGCGCAAUCCAACAAUUGCGCCGCAUCUUUCACGAACUCGGCAAACUCUGAGACACAGUCAACUACAAACGGUUCGACGAACGGCUCGUCGAAUGGGAACUACAGCAGCGGCGGCGGAUCGGCCGGCAACGCUGGAGGCGGCAGCGCGGGAAAUGCGCAAGGUGCUCGCGGGAAUUAUCGCGGCAACAACGCCUCCGGUGGCCGAGGUAAGGGCCAGGACACCGGUCGGAACCGAAAAGGGCGCUGCCGCUACUGUCAUAAUUCGACAGAGCACGGGUGGCACAACUGCCCGCUCCGCCUGAGGCACGAGGCGGAGGAAGCCACUGAACAGGCUGAUACUCACCACACUCAAGACUCCACCACUCAGGCAUGGUUCACGCGGGUGGAGACUGAAGGCGAUGUGCUGGAGGACUACGCCAUCUCUUUCGGAAAAGACGUGCAGGGUCAGGAUGCGCCUGCUGCGGCGCGGCCAGAGGAGCGCGCUGCUGGUGACACGCUGGUGCAAGACGCGCCCCGCAGGUACUGGACACACCUGCUGCAGCGGUGGUCUAUGACCCUGCUGCCAACGGAUAUUCUCAGACGGAGGAGGCGCCUGGGGACACCGAGCUCGUUGCGUUCAGCAGCGUGCGGAGGAGGCGCCUGGGGACACCGAGCUCGUUGCGUUCAGCAGCGUGUUUCAGGUGGACAAAAGAAACCGCAGGUCGUUGAUGAUUCCGCCUGCUACAUUGAUUCCGCCGCGUCCAGCCACAUGGUGGAUGAGCAGUCUCGCUUGUCCCAUCACGUCCUCAAUCCGGUAGAUUGCGCUGUGCGCAUUAUCGGGUCGUGUGGCACAUCCGACGCAACCAAGAAAGGUACCCUGAAGUUUGGGGUGCGCAAUGAUCAAGACCAAGUCGUGCGAGUAGCUCUGGAGGUUCUGCUGGUUCGGGGCCUUGGAGCGAACAUACUUUCGGUUGGAGCGCUGGCCGAGAAGGGGGUGAUGUGUGAUCUGAUGUCUACCCCGCCGGCGCUUCGCAUGGGCAACCAGGUCUUUCCGAUCUCGACCGCAGUGCCUCGCAUGUACGUGCUGAAUGUCAUCAUCGACGACGUCAACCUGGGCGCUGUAGAAGUAAAUCGCACGAAGGUAGACGCUCACCUGUGGCACCGGAGGAUGGGUUCANUCCUGAAGUUUGGGGUGCGCAAUGAUCAAGAUCAAGUCGUGCGAGUAGCUCUGGAGGUUCUGCUGGUUCGGGGCCUUGGAGCGAACAUACUUUCGGUUGGAGCGCUGGCCGAGAAGGGGGUGAUGUGUGAUCUGAUGUCUACCCCGCCGGCGCUUCGCAUGGGCAACCAGGUCUUUCCGAUCUCGACCGCAGUGCCUCGCAUGUACGUGCUGAAUGUCAUCAUCGACGACGUCAACCUGGGCGCUGUAGAAGUAAAUCGCACGAAGGUAGACGCUCACCUGUGGCACCGGAGGAUGGGCCACUGCAACUCGCGAGCGCUGCAGCAGCUGGCGGACAAGGACACUACCGGAAUCAGGUUCAAUCGCAACAUCGAACCAGGUGACUGCGGUGUUUGUGCGGUUGGUGACAGUAAGAAGGGCAGCCACCCCCCGUCUAACCGUCCCCUCUCGGAGACUCGGCUGGAAAUUCUAAAUGCCGAUACGUGGGGGAAACAUCCUAUUGCUACAUACGGGGGUUGCCAGAGUGCCGUGAUGUUUACUGAUGACGCUACUCGCAUGAGGUUCGGCUACCUACUCAAGACGAAAGACGAAACGGCCGAAGCUCUUCAAACUCUGGUUCGGGACGAGGCCGACCUGCUUGGUCAGAGCAUCGGCACGGUGCACUGCGACGGGGGAGCGGAGUAUUUGGGCAAGUUUCUGGCGCUAUGUAAGUCGCUCGGAAUCAAGCUCACGAAUAGCCCCCCCUAUGUCCCGCAAGGGAACCCCAUCGCCGAGCGUGGAUUUGGUACCAUCAUCGGCACUGCCCGCAAGCUUCUCUUGGGAGCACCGCACCUUCCUCAACAGCUGUGGGGGGAGGCUUUCAUGACUGCAAUCUACCUCAAGAAUCGGACCCCGACCGAAGUCCUGGGCGACAAGGCACCACUCGAGGUAUGGGAGGGGAAGCCGCUCGGAAAGAUGCUUCACAUCCACGAGUGGGGGUCGCUGGCUUUUAAGCACGAAGAGGUACGCGCCCGGUCGAACAAGUUGGCGGCCAGGGCCAAGAAAAUGUACCUAGUAGGCUACAACUCCAAGGGUAGGUCGUAUCGACUUUGGGACCCUUCGGAGCCUCUCAAAAUCACCAACUCCGUGGAGUCCCGGCAAGGCGGAGAUAAACUAACCGCUUACGUCGACUCUGACUUCGCAGACGAUCUUGACGAUCGAAAAUCGACUACUGGGGUCGUUCUUACCCUCGCAGGUGGCCCGGUGGACACGACAAGUGUAAGGCAGACGGUCACUGCCACGUCGUCGGCUGAGGCAGAAUACGUCACAAUGUCCAAGGCGUGCAAAAUGAUCCUACACUGGCGUUAUCUUCUCAAGACCAUCAAUCGAGAGCAGACGGAGGCUACGGUGUUGUUUGAGGAUAGCACUGCUGCCAUAUCGACUACUGAAUCGAACAAAGUAACGCAGAAAACGAAGCACAUCGAUGUCAAGUAUCACCACGUAAGGUCGCUGAUCGUUAACAAGGUAGUGGAGGUAAAGAAAAUCGACACCAACCUCCAGAAGGCUGACAUGUUGACCAAGAACCUAGGAACGGUUAAGUUUCUCAACAACCGUCGCCAGCUUCUAGGAAUGUAG